CCUUUGUGGCAAAUUGCGCGUAACCCAUUUUACCCACGACGAUAAUAUUGACCCAGUCCGGCCAUUGGGGAUAGGCGAGUGUAAUAAAGAAGAAAAGGGGUGGGCCGUUCCGCGAAUUCUGCUAUCGGUGGUGUUCCUGUCGCAAAGGCGCAAACGAGUGCGCUACGCCAAGAAUGUCCGCACCGGGCUGGUGGUGACCCAUCAAUGUCCGCACGCUUUCUUCAGUUUUUUUUUGGCAGCUGAAACAUAUAAGCGUAUCUGUGAAGAAAAGCUGAAGCAAGUCUUGAGUUCGGUGCUUAUCCAUAGCGAGAGCUCUCAACAAGAGGAGUUUGGGCGUUGUCCAGAUUUGACAUGGGGCCUUGCUCAGCCAACCCCGACGACAUGGAGCUGGCGAUGCCGCACGCGGCGGGCGGCGGCCUGCCCGCGCCGCGGCCGGCGCCAGCCGCCUUUCCCGUCAUCGACUUCGAUAUCGAGGCGUUCCUGGGCGUCGUGCAGCCGAACGAGCGCCAGCAGGUGGACAGCCUGCUGCAGGCGCCGCCGGCGUGGGUGCCGCCGCCGGCGGCGGCCGCGCUGCCGCGGGAGUCGGGCCAGACAGUGCAGCUGGACGGCCUAGCGCUGCGCAAGGCGCGGCGCAUCCUGGCGCUGCUGCCCCGCUUCAGCGACGCCGCCCUGCCGCCCGGCGUCACGCGAACCAGGGCCUUCCAGGCGCUCUUCACCUACGUGGUGGCGCAGCGGCGCAGCCGGCUGGAUGGGGACAUACUGAUCCACAAGAUGGCGAGGCAGGGCAAUGUCAGCGAACUGAUCCGGUACGCCGAGCUCAUGAUCCACUUCCGCCACGGCACCCACGUCAACACCAAGAACCGACAUGGAGAGACGCCGCUGCAUGUGGUCACGUGCCCGAAGGCGGCCGAUGCGCUGCUGCAGCGUGGCGCCCGACUGGACGCGCGCGACUCGCUCGGCAACACGCCCCUCCACCUGGCGGCCCGCUUCCAGCGCGUGGACGUGCUGCAGACGCUACUGCAGCGGAUGGGCGACGACGUCAACCUGCUGGACCAGAAGAACCUGGAGGGGUACACGGCGCUCCACCUGGUGGUGAUCCACCAGCCGCAGCAGGAGCCGCACCGGCGCGCGCUGCAGCUGCUGAUCGAGUCGCGUGUCGACGUCAACGUGGCGGACGACACGGGCGGCCGAUCGCCUCUGUUCCACGCCGUGCUGCGCGGCGACGAGCCGACAGUGCGCGAGCUGGUCGAGGCCAACGCCGCCGUCAACAUGGCCGACUUUUCGGAGACGACGCCGCUGCAGGCGGCCGAGGACCUGCUGCCUGCCAACAGCAGCCUCAUCUGCAGCAUCCUGAUGGAGCGGGGCGGCUUCAAGGUGCCGCCGGCCGACCGCGUCACUCAGUCCGGCGGCACCCCGCGCGCCCGGCGCGCCCCCAAGCGCCAGAGGCUACACUGAGCCGGCGCGGCCGGCUCCGGCCCCGGCGGGACCGGACGCGCCGGGCCCGCGGGGGGGAGGGGGAGUCGCUCGACCUCCGGGGAGGAGAUGGACGUGCGGUGUGCCGAGGCGCGUGAAAAGUGAAGCCACGUUCGUGUAAUCCCGGCUCGGCCGCCGUUGUGUGCGGGUGCUCGUAAUCUGGGAGAGGCUGGGAGUGAUGUGCGGGAUGGGCGCUUUGGGCGCCGUUGUGGCGAGAAGUCUGGAGAAAGACGGUGGCCAAUGUUAAAUCCGCUACCGAUGGCGGUGGACUGAAGCUCGUGCUAUUCCUGAUGUAGCGCCUUACAGCGGGGCUUUUCUGUCUAAACGUGAUAUUUUCGCGGAUUGUGCUUAUUUCGGAGGCAGUGAUGUCAGUUUAUCGGCUGGCAUGGCUGCUGUUAAAGGGGAUGUUUCACCUCAGAAGACAUUGAGGCAAGCAUGAGAUGUCAUGAAACAAGCUCGCUUUCAACUAAUCAUUUUCAGUUUAAAUGGAAAACACUGCUCCAGCCAACACACUUCUCUGUUUAGUAAAUAUGCCCCUCAAUGCGUCAUGGCUUGAUUACGUCAUAGCACCUCGCACAACAUUGAUUGACGGUCAGUUAACGGCCGUUAUAUCUGGAAAUCGCGCCCACGAACGCCAGAUAUGGACGCCUCGACAACCAUAUUUGUAUUGGCUCUGAUCGCGGCAUGGCCUCUUGAAUGACAUAAUUUGAAUGACGUUAUUAUGACGUCAUGAAUGUCAACUUGGCAUCCAAAUACUCAACCAUCUUCGCGGGCGUGUAGCUUAGACACGAGAGGGGCUUGGGUUUUAAGAAAGGCAGGAUUGUGGACAGCAUCGAAAGAUCUUCAAGAUGACCAUUAAGUUCAAAGCCCCACAUAAACGCGGAGCACCCCGUUUAACGUUUGGUGGCGAUGUCAUGGUCACUAUUCUGCCUCUGAUCGUGUCGAACGUGAUUGCCGUAUCUGGGCAUGGGAGCCUCCACAGUCCAUACCUCUGUAGUAGUCGCCGGCCAAAACAUCUUGGGCUGCCGCUGUCCUUGGGUACUAAUGGUCGUCAUUAAACUGCAUGAUUAUUUUCGUGUCCCCUUACAGAGAUGAAGCUCGUCAAGCUCUUCCUGACGUCCUGCCCUUUCC